CCACGGUAUAGGAAUCAAGCGAGCAAGCAAUCUUUGCCGGCUUGGAGAACAGUUCUGGCUGCCUGAUCAGUGUCAUGUCGUUGACAGCGACUGCCCAGGAAGACGUGCAUCCCAAGACCGUUACUCUCCUGGAAGGCUUCGCAAGCGCGGACACGCCAGCCUUGAUCCAGGAGAAUGUCUACGUCUUCCUGGGUCACGGGCUGUUCCAGCGGAUUGUUCUGGUCGGCGCCUUCGUCGCCACCAUUGUGGUACUGCUGCACUCGUUCGCCUAUUACCUCAUCGGCCGUCCCGUGGACCACUGGUGCCAGCCGCCCGACGACCUGCGUCACCUUGGCGUCCCGGUCUGGAAAAACGUCGCAAUACCCGUGCUGGCCGACGGCAGCCUCAGCAAGUGCACCGUAUACCAACCCCCUCUACCGGGAGACGACCCCGACAACCGUAGCGCAGUCCCGUGCGAACGGUGGGACUACGACACUGAGGAAGACGGCGAAAGUAUAAUCAGCAUGUGGAACUUGGUGUGCAAUCGCCGCUGGCUUUAUUCUGUCUCGAAAUUCACGUUCGCAUCGGCCUCCAUGCUAUUCGUUCCGAUCGCCGGAAUCGCAGCAGACCACAUGGGUCGCAGACCGGUCUUGUCGGCGUGCGCCAUCUCCACGUUGCUCGGCAACCUCGUGGCCGCGGCGUCGUCCUCACUGGGCCUGUUCAUCCUCUCGCGCUUUGUCACUGCUGCCAUGGCCUGCGCCACCAUGCUGAUGGCUUUAAGUGUGCUCUACGAAGUGACCGGGAAUCAACACAGGGCUCCGUACAUUAUGGCAGCCAGCGGAAUCCCCAUGCUUGUGACGCCUCCAAUGGUACGCAUGCUUUCGAUGCUCAAGCCGAGGUGGGUGCUCUCACAAGCCCUCUUGGUCACUGCCACGGCGACAAUGGUCUUUUGGUGCUGCUGCCUGGACGAGUCCCCCGUUUGGCAGAUUGCCGCGUGGAGGCUUCGCGCAGCUGAAUUCACCGUACUCCGCGCUGUCCGAAUGAACGGUAUAGAUGAACACAAGGCCACAGCAACAUUCAAGGCCUUCAAGCAGCAGCUGCUGAAGCGGGACGCCAGCUGCACGUCGGCUAUUGCUGGCACCACGAGCAUACUCCGUUGGGCUUCUCUUCGCCGGCGCGAAUCAUCUGCGCUCGUGACGUGGUUUAGCUUGAGCUUUGCGCUUUAUUCCUCACGCCCGACUGCCACACACGAACUGUGGGUUCUGGCAUCGUUUUUACUAAGAGUGCUCAUGUUCAUCAUUGCGUUUUACUGGCAUGAAGCAACGAGGCCACCGUGUGACUCUGUCAGCCAUGCUGGCUAUCCUCGGUACCUUAAGCGUGCUGCAGAUGAUCCUCUCCAACUGGCCCUUGACCGUCGCGCUUCCUCUGCCUAGGAUAAUGAUGUCGAGUGCGGCGGCGAUUGCCAUGUGCCUGAACUACGCAUACACCGCAGAGGUUUUCCCCACGACGAUUCGAUGUGUGGGACUUUGCCUGUCGUACUCCGUCGGCCGGAUUUCCUUCUUUCUGGCUGCAUACAUCGAAGCCGCCUUGCGCGAAGAACAGCUGUUGGUCGCUGGGGUCAUCACGACAGGGCUGGCAUUUGCGAGCGCAGUAGCGGUCCAGUGUCUUCCCGAAGUAUUUGUCGAGAAGAAGCCCGCCGAAAUCCGCUCGGUUCUUAGCGAAGACGAGCGCAAGGAAGCACUUAAAGCGUCUUUGAGACCCACCACGGAUGCGCAGAAGAUAUUCAAGCCAGGGAAGCCGCGCAAGCAGCGUAGCCAGCAUAAGGGAAAAGCAAGCUGGAAACGCGGUACAAUUACCGAAACUUCAGCGGCUGCAUCGCCAACGGCAGAGUGUUUCACACAGCCAAGCGUGGGCUUUCCUGAGCAAGCAGAUGACAAUGUGCAGAACGCCAUCGCGACAACUCAUGAUCAUCUUAAAAAUGCCGCCUGAUUAAGGAACACGUCACUGCUUUUCUUUUUUUUUUCGAGUGAUCUCAGGCUUAUUUAUCUUUAGCUAAAUUGAUUUUGCUGUCUUCCGUUAUUAGUUCCUUCGAAUACCAUUCGGACUUUCGCCUUUGCUUUCUUGUUCUCUGUGCGUUGGAAUUAUGUACUAGUGCUUGCUUAAGGCAGAUUCACUGUCGCAACUAAUUCUUGUAUCGAUUUUAUAGCGUCUGCCGCACACAAGAGACUCUAGAACUCUUUUAUUUGGGGUGUCUUUUUGAUAUGGUGACUUAAUUCUCCGUGGCCAUGUGACCGUUAUUUAAUGAACGCGCUCCAAAUUUACGGUCUUCAGGCUGCUUUAUUUCCUCAGUAAUGUUAACAUCAAACCUGCAAGGGAGCAGAGCGGUGUUGCUGUGGAACUUUCUACACUGUUAGAAAAAAUGUUUGUAAAAGUGUAGUAACGCUUGCAGUUACUAGACUUUACUACCCAUUACUACUUCGUUAAUACUUGCUCACUACCUUGGAUAAUUCGUGCUUACAGUAGUUGAUACAAUAAAUAA